GAAGCGGGAGCAGAAGGCGGUGGCGUCGGAGAACCGGCGUCGUGGAAUGUCCCUGUGCUCCGCCUUGCCUCCCGAAGUGGAGAUGAGCCACAGCCAAGGCGAAGAACGCCUCUCUUGAAGACUCCGGAGCCAGGAUGGUGUACCUGCAGCAGCCUUUACCUCUGGUUGUGGUGGCGCAGAGUUUCUUCCUCCCGCUCAUAUUCUGUGAUGCUAAGCAAAUCAUCCAGGCCACAGACUUCCUGGACUGGGAGGAUAAAGAAGCUACAGACACAUUGGUUGCUAAUGUAGUCCAUUCACAGAUCAUCAAUCCUUUACGCCUUUUUGUGAAGCCUUCUCCAGCAAUGAAACAUGGGCAGAUGUCAUAUUCAGACAACACAGAGAACUUUUGGGAUUGGUUAUCCAAUAUCACUGAAGUUCAGGAAUCUCUUGCACGAACUAAACGCAGACCAAUUGUAAAAACUGGAAAAUUCAAAAAAAUGUUUGGAUGGGGCGACUUUCAUUCUAACAUCAAAACUGUGAAGUUGAAUCUUCUGAUAACAGGGAAGAUUGUUGAUCAUGGCAAUGGAACCUUUAGUGUUUAUUUCCGGCACAAUUCAACAGGCCUUGGAAAUGUUUCUGUGAGCCUGGUGCCACCUUCCAAGGUGGUGGAGUUUGAAUCUUCCCCUCAAUCAACUCUAGAGACUAAGGAAUCAAAGUCUUUCAACUGUCGAAUUGAGUAUGAGAAAACAGAUAGGGCUAAGAAAACUGCAUUGUGUAACUUUGACCCUUCAAAAAUCUGCUACCAGGAGCAGACCCAAAGCCAUGUGUCCUGGUUAUGUUCUAAACCAUUUAAGGUCAUCUGUAUUUACAUUGCUUUCUACAGUGUUGAUUACAAACUAGUGCAGAAGGUCUGCCCUGAUUACAACUACCACAGUGAGACACCAUAUUUAUCCUCUGGAUGAUGUACUCUGUCUUCUUCAAUGACUGUUAAAUCAGAAAAAAAAAAUAUAUCUGAAAUUCUAGUUUUAAAUUUCUUAAGACAUUGUUCCUAAUCAGGUUAACUAAGCAGCUUUCUUCUCCCUAAAGGAAAAUUAUCAUUUGUGGACUGGUUCACUCAAGCAUGUUCUUCCCUUGAUGACUAGAAUAUCAAGUAGCAACUUGCAUAUGUCAGUGAACCAUCAUGAUCAAGCACGAAUCAUGAUCAACCAUCAUGAUCAAGCAUGAUCAAGAACAUGUAUAGCAUGUUCAUAAGACUUCUGACCAAAAUCUCUGGCCAUGCAGUUGUGAUUCCAUGAUGAAUCACUGAAUGGGUGAACCAGCCUGAAGUUUUUGCUGUUACCAUAAAUAUUUCAAUAUCCAAAAAUCAAAAUAUCAUUUUUUUCACAAUACAGUAUUUGUAUUUAAUUUCUGAUUGUGUCUGAUCUAUCAAAUAUUAAUAAUAUAUAGUUAAGUACAAAAAGCCAAAUUCUUUGCAAGGAAGAGACACAGAUGAUCUUUUACGAAGGCUUGCUGCAACAGCAGAUUUAGCUGGUAGUAUAGGAGGAAACAUUCUUCGUUAGCAUUUCAGGAAUAUUAAACUGUCACUGCCAGCAGAUUUGUCAAAGGUAAUAUUCAGACCCUCUAACAAUCAGAGAUGUUAUUAAAAUGGGUUCUGAAAGUAGUUAAACUUCUUUAUGAGAUUAGGGAGAAACAUUAAUAGAAAGAAAUGUCUCACAUGUGCUGCCAUGAAUUUUGCUUAAAACUUAGGCAAAAAUUCUGUAGGAAUUUAAAAUUAGAAGAAUUUCUAUGAGAUUUGCAUAAUCUGUUCGUGAAUGAAUCAUUCACAAGCAAUAUUACUUGCUUAUUAAAUACUUAAAACCAUUUUAGCUAGAAUCUGACAGAACUGUGCCCUUUAUGUAAGAAUUGGGUAGAUCAGUUGCACACCUCUAAAGCCAUGUUUAAUCUAUUACUAAAGUUUGUGUUGUAAUAGGAGCAGAGAUUAGGACGCAGAACUGGAUACAUGUUACAUGGAUAUGUUGCCCACUAUACAGAUUUAUAGACAGUGCCAUUCUUCAUUCUGUCAGUGAAAAUCAGUAAACACAGGAAUUUUUUCUUCAAGAUCAGUGGGCAGAACAAACAUAUAGUUUGACAGAACUAAAUUCUAUUAAACACCCAUUUAAUGCAAAAAAUGAGAAAUGUUUUCCGUAUUUAAACUGGUUUAUCCUUAAAGUCUAUUCAUGUAAUUCAGAAAUUGGGGUGUCUACCAAUUUUGCCAUUGUGAAAGCAUAUUAAAAGUAAAAUCACAAGGGCUCUAAAGAAGACUGUUUUCAUUAAAUGCAGUAAGCUACAACAUUGAUUUCAGUGAGACAAUGAAGCAGUGGAUGAUCAUCUCCCUGUAUGCAGUGGAAUCAUGUUCACAUUCAAAUGGACUCAGCUUUUUAGUAUCAUGAACAGUUGCCAGGACUAUUAUAGAAAAACUCUUGAAGAAGAAACCUAAUGUAACUAUAUAAUGAGAUUUUUACCACCUUGCUUUAAUUGACUAAAAUUCCAGAGUUUGUAUAUUUAAUUUUUCAAAGCAGGGUAUGAUUCCCUUAUGUAAAUACUUAUAUUAUGUUUUCCUUCUGAUAUGAAUUAAUUGGCUGCAUACAGGUGGUUCCCAGGUGAUCUAGGCACUAACUCAGCUCAGACCUGAUAUGCUUCAACAAGGAGAUAGUGUCAUCUCCAUCAUCCAAACACACUUUUUAACAAUUUGUUAAAAUAUUACAAAGAAUUAUUAUUAUUGCCUAGGAGAAAAUUCAGUUAUAUCCAUCUGCUUUUUUCCAGCGGCAGAAAUAGAUUCUCUUUCCCCCUUGCAUCUACUCAUUCACAAAUCUGUUCCACAUUUUCUGGAACAUAUUUGAAGAAAGAGGAGAGGAAAAAGAAGACCCCAUAUGCAUGUAGGAUGUCAUUCCCACUAACCAUUGUACUUCUGAGAACCAGAAUAAAAUAUUCUCGUUCCCAAGAGAAAUCAAAAGAGGCAUAUAAACUCUGACAUCUUUGUGCAUUUUGGGAUUGUUACAUGGAAUUAAUGAUACAUCACCCAAGUAUUUAUACAGCAGAUUCUAGCAUGUCUACCUAUAGAAAGAGAUAAGGGUUAUUCACUCUUGCAACAAAAGUGAUAACCAAACAAUUCUCACAUUGCAUGAAAUCCCACUCAGCUACUUUUGGGAUUCAAAGGUCUUCUGUGCAUAGAAUAUAGGAUAUAUAUUCUAUAUAGAAUUCUAUAUAGAAUUACUCUAUUGGGUGCAUACACAGGCAAACAGCUCCAUUUUAUUAUCCUGUGAAUAGAAUGCAUUUCUGAACAAUGAAUAACAAUCUAGCAACUCAGUAAUGAUACUCAAUGCAUUUACUAUCAUAUUUGAGGGAUAAGAUUAAAGACUCAAAUAGCUUUUGGAAUAAAUCUGUGAUAGCAGUGGUAUCUGCACUCAAAAUAUGUAAUAUGAGCUUUCUGUUUGUGAAGGGGAAGAAAAAACCUCUUUGCCCAAAAAGACAAGGACCAGAAAGGAGAGAAAAUAGCUGGCUUCUGAUAAUGUAAGGACCAGAUCAUUAGAUUUGUUUUUGUUACAAUCAGCCAUUUUAGAAGGGGCAAAUUGAAGUGUCAUUUGGCAUAUAGUGAGAAACUAUCCCAUCCCAUGUUAUUCAGUAUUAAUAAUAUUAGCAGCUACCUCACCUACAUGUCUGACACAGACUGCUUUCUGACCAGAAUUUAACCUGGGGAAAACUGGCAGGGUCAACUUUCCAUGAUUCCAACAAGCUGGAGCUCCGGUUCAGAUUCACAUCCCAUCCAGUAUAUCCCAGGCAUCUAUCUAUCUACUUGGUUCCUAUUUCCACCCAUACUGUUUGGCAGGAAAAGUAUGGCCAAUAUCAUUUAAUUAAAAGAAAGAAAUGGUCUUAGAAAUUAAGAGUUUGGAAACAUGUAUGUUUUUAUUUACGUGGCCAUAAUCCAGAACCUGAACCUAUUUCCCUACUGUUAUUUUGUCUGUUGAAAAGAGUUUUGCCAAAUUAACUCCGCCCCCCGCAGUUCUUUCUUUUUAAAUAAAUCACUAAAAUUCUAGUUCACAUUUGUAUCAUGUGGCCUAGAUCUGGCUGUAUAUAAGCUAGGAUUUCUUGCUAAAAUUUAUGAGUUCAAUAUUGGGUGAUUUUUGUAAUUUAGUCGUAAGCUGUUAUUUUUGGACAUGUAUUUUUACCCAAUUCUGUAGCCACUUUAAAUACAAAUGAAAUUGUUUAUUGUAGAGUAU